AUGGCUAAGACAAUUAUUUCCGCCAAAUAUCCACCACUAAUUGAUCCCACUCGAGCUACGCUCGCUUUUGGCCGAAAAGCUCUGCCUGUCCUUAAAAGAGAUUUAGAAAGUCCCGUUUUACUGUUAAAGCAACGAUCAAUGAUGUCACUGAGUGAUUAUUUGCACGAUCCUGAGCACAUUGCUGAAGCUUUGAGACAAGGUUUCAUUGACUUGCUGUUGAGUUUGAUGCAUGACAGCGACUCCGUAAUCAGACAUAAAUGUGCUGAAUGUUUCUAUUUGUUUGCGAACCAUUCCAUAGGCAGACAAGCGCUGGUGGAAAAUCAUUCAAUUCCAUAUCUCGUCUAUUUGCUCGAUGACGAAAAAGAUAUUGUUCGAUUAACCGUCUACAAAGCCAUCGAGAUGUUAUCCAAAACGCUUGCUGGCAUCGCGAUACUGGAAGCAAAUUUAGUGAAACUGUUGUUGAACAAGAUGCUUUUGGAACCAGAUGAGAUGAAGUACUACAUACUGGAUACGCUUCAUUUCUGUUUCAAGAUUAAUGUUCAGGAAGGUCUGGACAACCAGGGUAUGAAUAUUUUCAACGACUACCUUCAUAAUCAUGAUCAAGAAAUCAGGUGGAGAGGUGCAAGGAACAUUGCUGAUUUAUGCCAGGUGCUAGAAGGAAAGAAUCAGGCAAUUGAAAUAAUGUGCGUGUAUCCACUCAUCGGCAUGCUUUCAGAAAGCAAUGAAAACAUUAAAGUCAACGCCACAUAUGCUCUUAUGAUGAUAGCAAUAACGACAAAAGGCAAGUAUACGGUCCUCGAGGCUCAAGCCAUUCCUCCUUUGAUCAGAUUACUACAAGACAAGAGCUCUCAAGUUAGAGUGAACAGUUUGAAGACAAUAACAUGCCUGGCCGAAUCACCAGAAGGCAGGCAAGUUUUGUUGGACCACGUUCCUCAGAUAAAGGAAUUACAAUGUGAUGCCCUUCCCAGCAUAUCAAGGGCCGCCACGAUUGCCAUCAACAAAAUUCUGUGGAAGCCUUGA